ACGUGCUGUUCGAAAACAUCAUGGGAAGAAAGACGAUUUUGCUUCUGAUUGUGGGGGUCCUUGGGGCAUAUUAUGUUUACACACCUCUCCCGGAUAAUAUUGAGGAGCCGUGGAAAUUAAUGUGCGUAACAACAUGUUUGAAAACUAUGACACAUUUGUGUCACUUUGCUGAGCUGUUGGGAAUCAGUCAUUUCAUGGACAUUGCAAGGUUCUUCAUGAGCAUUCAAGAAGUCCCACCUACAUCUGAUGAAAAUGUCACUGUGAUGGAGACAACUUUCAACAAUGUUCCUGUCCGUAUAUAUUUACCAAAACGGAAGUCAGAGACACUAAGAAGAGGCUUAUUUUAUAUUCAUGGUGGUGGUUGGCAUAUGGGAAGUGCUGCUUUCUUUGAUAUUGACUUUCUAUCAAGACGGACAGCUGUUAUACUAGAUGCUGUUGUCAUUUCAACCAACUACCGACUAGCACCUGAACAUCACUUUCCAAGCCAAUUUGAAGAUGUCUAUAAUUCACUAAAGUGGUUCUUAAACCAAGAUGUUCUUGACAAGUACAGUGUAGAUCCUGAAAGAAUUGGUAUCUCUGGAGAGAGUGCUGGAGGGAAUUUAGCUGCAGCCGUGACUCAACAGCUCAUAGAUGACCCAGAUGUCAAGAUCAAACUCAAGACCCAGUCUUUAAUUUAUCCUGCCCUUCAGUGUCUUGAUCUGGAUUUACCAUCAUAUCGGGAAAACUCAAAUCUUGGUCUGACCAAAUCAUUCGUGGUCAAAUUGUGGAGUGGAUACUUUACCACAGACAGAUCACUUGAAAAAGCCAUGUUCUUCAAUCAACAUGUACCAGUGGAAUCAAGCCAUCUGUUCAAAUUUGUUAAUUGGAGUUCUUUCCUCCCUGAGAAGUUUAGGAAAGGGCAUUUUUAUAAGAGUCCAACUUAUGGUAAUUCUAAGCUGGCUAAAAAGUAUCCAGGGUUUCUAGAUGUGAGGGCGGCUCCCUUAUUGGCUGAUGACAACAGAUUGCGUAAUUUGCCCCUGACCUAUGUCAUCACCUGUCAAUAUGAUACAUUAAGAGAUGAUGGAAUCAUGUACGUCACCAGACUCCAGAAUGCGGGAGUUAGGGUGACCCAUAACCACAUUGAGGAUGGAUUCCAUGGAGCACUUGUUUAUCGUGGGUUUAAAAUUGGAUACAGAAUAGAAAAACAGUAUAUGAGUUGGUUAAGUGAAAAUUUAUAG